AACCUCUUCAAUAUCUUGCAUGUUACAGAUUUCGCUGCUCCCACCAGCUUGGAGACAACAUGUGGUUCUUGACAGCUCUGCUCCUUUGGGUUCCAGUUGAUGGGCAAGUGGUAGAUACCACAAAGGCAGUGAUCACUUUGCAGCCUCCAUGGGUCAGCGUGUUCCAAGAGGAGACCGUAACCUUACAGUGUGAGGUGCCCCGUCUGCCUGGGAGCAGCUCCACACAGUGGUUUCUCAAUGGCACAGCCACUCAGACCUCGACCCCCAGCUACAGAAUCACCUCUGCCAGUGUCAAGGACAGUGGUGAAUACAGGUGCCAGAGAGGUCCCUCAGGGCGAAGUGACCCCAUACAGCUGGAAAUCCACAGAGACUGGCUACUACUGCAGGUGUCCAACAGAGUCUUCACAGAAGGAGAACCUCUGGCCUUGAGGUGUCAUGCAUGGAAGGAUAAGCUGGUGUACAAUGUGCUUUACUAUCAAAAUGGCAAAGCCUUUAAGUUUUUCUACCUGAAUUCUAACCUCACCAUUCUGAAAACCAACAUAAGUCACAACGGCGCCUACCACUGCUCAGGCAUGGGAAAGCAUCGCUACACAUCAGCUGGAGUAUCUGUCACUGUGAAAGAGCUAUUUCCAGCUCCAGUGUUGAAUGCGUCUGUGACAUCCCCGCUCCUGGAGGGGAAUCUGGUCACCCUGAGCUGUGAAACAAAGUUGCUUCUGCAGAGGCCUGGUUUGCAGCUUUACUUCUCCUUCUACAUGGGCAGCAAGACCCUGCGAGGCAGGAACACGUCCUCUGAAUACCAAAUACUAACUGCUAGAAGAGAAGACUCUGGGUUUUACUGGUGUGAGGCCACCACAGAAGACGGAAAUGUCCUUAAGCGCAGCCCUGAGUUGGAGCUUCAAGUGCUUGGCCUCCAGUUACCAACUCCUGUCUGGUUUCAUGUCCUUUUCUAUCUGGUAGUGGGAAUAAUGUUUUUAGUGAACACUGUUCUCUGGGUGACAAUACGUAAAGAACUGAAAAGAAAGAAAAAGUGGAAUUUAGAAAUCUCUUUGGAUUCUGCUCAUGAGAAGAAGGUAACUUCCAGCCUUCAAGAAGACAGACAUUUAGAAGAAGAGCUGAAGUGUCAGGAACAAGAAUAAGAACAGCUGCAGGAAGGGGUGCACCGGAAGGAGCCUGAGGAGGCCAAGCAGCAGCAGCUCAGCGGGUGGCCAUCGAUCUGGACCGUCCCCUGCCCACUUCCUCCCCGUGAGCACUGCACACAAACAUCCAAAAGUUCAACAACACCAGAACUGUGUGUCUCAUGGCAUAUAACUCUUAAAUAAAGCAAAUAAAUGAACUGACUUCAACUGGGA